UUCAAAUCGGAGCCCGUCCUCCCUGCGAGCGUCUGAUCGGGACCAACGCACGCCAAUCAAAGCUUGGAAAGAAAUACCCAUCCGCACAAUAAGCCUGCCCUGCCGCUCUCUCGACCUUCGGCCUCGUUCGGACUCGAGCGCGCGCUUCGGACAACCUUGAGCGUCUUCCUCCUCGUCGGAGCCCGAUCAGAAUAUUUGUAUUUGGCGUGCGAAGUUAGCGAGCGCGCCGCACACCAAAUGAGUCCGACUGUCGAAGAAAGUCACACAAACCCUUUUCGUGCGCCUCGGAGCUUCCACGCUCAACUUCGGACUUGCGAGGCAUAUAUUUGAUCAAGUCGCUUCCAGGUGGACGCUCUACUGCCAAAAGUAUUGAUUGGCUCGCCCGCCUUGACCCAGGUAGGGAUCAAAGUGACUUUCUGUUUUUACGAGUCCGGCCCCACCCCGACUUCCGCUUCAGGUUUCCCGCAAGGCCGACGUGGACUGGCCCGGACAGAGUCCUGACCUCAACCUCUGGUCCAGCACGUGUUUAAAGGACCAAAAGUGCACUGGACUUUUCCCACACACGAGCUGAGCGGCUGAAGAUAUUUGAGCGAGCUUCCCUUUCUUCUAGUGGGUUGGCUUGUUUCUCUUCCGUGAUUCGGCCACCGUCCUCGACGGAAUCUUCCCAAAUGUUGGCAUCGUGCACGUGGAAAAUCCCUCGGAUGCAUUCGUGGAACUCCUUUUGGGUCAACACGCUCUGCGUUUUUUUUUUGUUGUUGUUGUUGAGAAUGACGCCAUCGUGCCGACGGCGCCCUCUGGCGCUGGGCGGCCUCCGCCACAUCCGUCCCGUCCGCCAUGUCCGCGGAGCUCCUCGCGCGCCUCGGCGAGCCGCAGUACGCCAACUGGCUGAAAGCGGGCAAAUGCUUGUACAUGGUCAAGGAGGCCGUGGAGCCUUUCGCGGAUGAGCGCCUUCGACGUUUCCACGGCGAUUUGCUCCGCGAGCGGCCUCGUCUGAGUCAGCGAUGCUCGCGAUCGUGCCACCCCGCCGACGUCAAGCUUUCCAGGGCCUGCGAGUCGUGUCUGCGCUGGAAAGACGAAAUCGUCAAGCACCACCGGAGACCCGCCUCGGGCGUCCACUGGGACAACUGCGCCCCCGCCGCGUGGAGGACGAGCCACUGGGAGCUGGCCAAGGCUUACAUGCCGCGAGGGCAGGCCCGGGUCCAGGCGGCCCGUCAGUGCGACCCUUCCGCUCUGCUCAACCUCCUCAGCUGCUGCGACUGUUUUGCUUCGGUGGCUUCCAACACGGCUCGCGUGACCGAGCUGAUCAGAUUCCGGAACGAGUUGAUGCACUCCGCCGACCAGCGUGUGAGCGACGCCUGGAUGGAGAAAUUCCGACCGGCGCUGGUUGGCUUCGUGCGGCUGUUCAAGCGGGUGCCCGACGUGGACCUGGCAGAGCAAUCGCUAAUUCGGAUGCUGGCCGUCGAUUUGUCGAUCUGCGCGAGGGACACCGUGGACUACUCCGGAACGGCGUUAGCCGCCGACACGGUGAAUUUCGGUAUCGGACCCGACCUGGUCGGCCAGUGGGAGGCCGCCUUACUACAGGAGAGGCUGCGGGAGUUGCGGCUUUCGGCCGAAGACGAGCCCGCGGACCGCGAGCAGCUGAUGACGCUCGACGCUUUCCUGCGGGAGCACAAAGACCUGAGCCAGAAGUUCUCCGCCGAGCUGGAGGCCAACGGGACGCGCCCGGCGCCGCUCGACGGCUGAUUGCGCGAUCUCGACAGCGGGUCGUGCAGCCGUCCUGUCGGUCGAGAUCGGGAGCGCUCCGUGGAGGGGGGGGGCGACGUCGUCGUCCAUCAAUUUCCAGUGUCGGACGAUCGCCUUCUAGCGAGCGGACCUCCUAUUUCGUGUCGUCGGGCGACAUUCCCAAAUUUCUGUGGAGUGGAAAAGGUUGCCGAGAAAUAAGAGAAGAACCGUACGGAGAAAAGUGACCCUCGGGCGCCGUACCCCGACCGAAUAUUGAAUGCGAGGGAGGCCUCGGAGCUUUGCUUCCUGGCUUUCCGUUGCCCGUAUUCUUUUCCUCCCCCCCCCCCCCCGUAAAGAUCUAUUCUCUGGGGGCGGCACGGUGGAUCGGAUCAACUGGUAAAGCGUCGGCCUCGCAGUUCUGAGGUCCCGGGUUCGAUCUGAAUUUGCAUGUUCCCCUCGUACCCGCGUGGCUUCGUCUCUCCGUUUUCCGCCCACAUCCCAAAAACAUGCUGGCGUCAAAUCGGACCCUCAAAAUUGCCCCGUCGGUUUGAUUUGUUGAAUGCGGUGCCCUGCGAUUGGCCGGCGACCACUUUAGGGCGUACGCCGCCUCCUGCGGGAAAGGCCCCGGCGCUCCCCGCGACCCUCGUGAGAAUAAGCGGCAAAGAAAACAGAUGGAUGAACGUGUUCUAUUGGAUAUUCUCGUGACACAAUACAAAGCAUUGACGGAAGACUAAACUGUUCAUAAAGUUCUUUUGUAUUUCUC